UGCAAAUAGUGAAAAUUCUCAGAGAUGUACACAAGUAAUAAAGGUUACCGUAGCAGAUUUGUCGCUGUUUUUGACGUCUUGUAACGCUUCGUGAUAAAUGAACGGCCGAUAGUCGACGACAUCAGGCCGACUGGUGCGCUUGUCGUGACUGUACGAGGGGAUUACAGCACACAAAUUGACCCGGAUAAUUUUUUUUAAAAUACUGAAGGAAAUUAGCACAUAUUGUUGCUGGCUAGCAACGCUCGAACAAUUCGCGUAUCACGCUACAAAUACGCAAUUUGGCUCAUUCAAAUUCAUCGCCUGCUUGGACUGCAGCAUCAGCCGUCAUCCCCUCGCGUUAUAACAGAUGUACAUAGAUGUGCGGCCACUGCAGCUGUAAAAGAGGCUAUGCUAGCAGCUAUAGCAUGUGCAUUUGAUAUAACUACGGAAAUUAAAUUGAUACGUAACGUAGCAAGUCAGUGACUGAGAUGGUCAAGCAUAAUAAAAAUAGUAGUAGUAGUAGUAGAGAGAAGGGGGACGCUGUAACUGCCGAAUAUCCCAGUUAUCACCAAACGCACCCCAGGUAGAACAUGUUAGCACAAGUUGACAGCAGAGUUGGCCUUUAAAGGGGCCACACCAAGAAAGACUGCAGGAAAGCACAGUUCACAGCCUCACGCCUUAAUGCUGAAAGCUGCGUGCCCCACACGUUAUCACAGCCUGUGGUUAUGUGUCAUUUAGUGUGAUGUGAAUUGAUUAUUACACGGGUGUUUCGAUUCAAUUGCAAGCAAACAGCAAAAUAGAAGGUGGUUUGCUCUGCACCACGUUUGCUCUGAUCCACAUACAUAUAACAGAGAUCCUGUAUGGCUGCUGUUCCCUCAGCAAGCCUUCAAAGUGUGAAGCAACAGCCUUUAAGUCAGGUCAGCUGCCUGCUGAGGUGUGAAGUAUGCUUUACUGGCUUUCCUCUGAGGUGGCUUCAAGCCCUAACGAGGUGAUAAUGUUAAGAGUUGCUUUUGAACAGCUACCGUGUCUCACCGCAUGAUUUUUGUGUGUGUGUGGUUUUGACUUUCUAUAUGUGGUUGCUUUGUUGCUGUGUACAGAAAGUAUUCUCUUCAGUACCCCGUGUAACAGUUCUGUUGCAGUUGAGGAAAGAGCCGCCAGUCAUCAUGGGAAACAUCUUUGGCAACCUGUUGAAGAGCCUGAUAGGCAAGAAGGAGAUGAGGAUUCUCAUGGUGGGGCUGGAUGCUGCUGGGAAAACCACCAUCCUCUACAAGCUGAAGCUGGGAGAGAUUGUUACCACCAUCCCCACAAUCGGAUUUAAUGUAGAGACAGUGGAGUACAAGAACAUCAGCUUCACUGUGUGGGACGUGGGUGGCCAGGACAAGAUCCGUCCCCUGUGGAGGCACUACUUCCAGAACACCCAGGGUUUGAUAUUUGUAGUGGACAGCAAUGACCGUGAGCGGGUCAAUGAAGCUCGCGAGGAGCUGAUGAGGAUGCUGGCUGAGGACGAGCUGCGUGAUGCUGUUCUACUUGUCUUUGCCAAUAAACAGGACCUGCCCAAUGCCAUGAACGCUGCAGAGAUCACAGACAAGCUGGGCCUGCACUCCCUACGCCACCGCAACUGGUACAUUCAGGCCACCUGUGCAACCAGUGGAGAUGGUCUCUAUGAGGGCCUGGACUGGCUGGCCAAUCAGCUGAAGAACAAAAAGUGAAAGUUACGGUCAGUAACAAGUGGGGAAGAGCCUGGGUGCCAGCUCCAGGUAGUUAUUAUAGUGGAUCCAUUGUAUUUACAUGGAGAGGCAGUGCUGAAAAGCUCCCAGGGGGUGACUCUCAAUGGCUUUCCCCCCCAAAAUACUUUCAUUUCAUCUUUUUAUUUUGUGUAAUUUGUUUGGAUCUGCAGUGAGCGUUUUUAAAUAUUUACAAACCAAUGGUGUAGAAAUUUACCAAAAGUACAUACAUUCCUACAAGCUGAAUACAUAAAUAUUGGGACAGUAAUAGCAUAAUGUCACUGUAAAGGCAUAUGUAUUUCCCCAUACUAUCCAGGACCUUUGAACUCCAUCACCGUUUAAUUUGUUCAGAAAAGCAAGGAUGGCAGAGCAAGCUUUCCUCAGAUACUUAAAACCUAAUGUAAAUUAUUAAGAACGUCAUAAUAUUACUAUCUCAAAAUACUGUCACAUUGUUUAAAAACAGUAUACUCGUACAGGCUCAGAUAAAUGUAAAGUUGUCAUUUUCUAUUCAUACCAGUGUUCUACCACCGCAAAAUAAUGGGCUUCAGAAUUCAAUUUCUCAGUUCAGUUAAAAACUGAAUUGGUUUUACAUUUUAUUUAAAUGUGUUUCUUUUUCAUUUGGAUUUUAUUUAUUUUAUUUAACCAAAAAACCUGUCGACAUACUGCAUAGUCUUAAACAAUCCAUGCUUUUGUCAGCAUUUGUUUAUCGGUUUUAUUUUAAGUGCAUCUCAUGGUUUCGUUGCCUUUAUUGCAAUGUGCAUUCACUGCUAAGGCAGCUGUUGAAAAAAGAAGCCCCGGUAUCACUGUAUAUUACCGCUUCUCAAUCUGCAUGGAGAUAUCCCAGUACUGGCUUGUGGGCUUGUAAGAGCUGUGAACUAAUGCAGGCUGCCGCUGUAAAUAAAGAUUUGUUCUUAGUUGACUUGCCUGGCUCAGUAGGGGUUAAAACAGUUUGUCUGGCAUCAGCGAGGUGUGAUAGCUGAACUGAUACAGAUGACAGAACAGGCACACUGUACCAGCUCUGUGGCUUAGAAAGAAAUGCUGCUACUGGCUUGCCCCGUGGAGAGUGAUGCAGCAGAGCAUAUGAUUGGCAAUAUCAGAGAGCUUAGAUGGUUUUGAAUGUUUAUUUAUUUAUUUUUUAAGUCAGUUUGUGCAAGAAACUGCACUGUAUAUGUCAAAAUAACUCACAUUGCUUGUCAUCCUAAUUUAUCCAUUCCUAACUGGCGUGACAUUAAAUGUGUUUCUUGUGUUAACCGUAUCUCUGUGUACCAUGUUGCACAAAAUAACUCUCUAAGCAUUACUGUUGUACAAAAUGAAAUGUCUGCUUUUUUUCUUGUAUUUUCAAUGGAGUAUUUAUUUAUUUUGGACCAAAAGGCAAGUGUUGAUUUUAGUGUUGUUUUUUUUGUUCUUUCCUUGAGUUGCUAACUAGAUCAGACAGUUGUCUUUUUUGAGUGUUUACACAAAUCACAUAAUUUGAAAAAAAAGGAGAGAGGAUGAUAGUAAUACUGCAUCAUAAGGCAUGUUAAUACUGUACAAGAUCUGUAAUAAAAGUGAAUUAUAAUA